ACUUUUGUAUAAUUCGGUUGAGUAGACAGCUAUGUAGUAGCUCACACGCAAACUCACGCAUGCUAUUUUUAUCGUUCACUAUCGUGCUUCCAAAAUUACGUCUGACCCAAAGUACUAAUGUCUGACAUUAUUAAAAUUAAUUCUUGCCAUUCUUAUUAAAACUCACAGCAAAGAUUACCAAACACGUGUAGGUACACAAAUGUAAUGCUCCAAUUGAAAUUCGCGCUCUUACGUAUUGCUAGGAACUUUGAAAACAACCCGCAAAAUUUUUAAACUGCUGCCCCUCGUUGUCUUUUAUUUUUGCGCGUAAAGAUUAAAUAAAAUACACGGCACAGUUGCGUAGGUUAAAUUUAUGCUUUAGAUAUCAUGAUGCAUGAUAAAUAUGAUAAAAUACAGUAUAUUUCUGUGAUAUACCGAUUGUCUUGUUUUCGUUAUUAUGACCCGAAAAUGUUCUGAUGAGACGCGCGUGAUAACAGUUUAUUAUUUUGCUCGACAAUCGACAUUACAAUCUUUUUGAUUAACAUAUACGAAAUAAUAUCGUGCCUUGACAUGUUCUUUUUUCGUGGUUAGGCUAACCCCUUUUAUCGACAAGGGUUAAACGACGGUCAGUCGAUGGAAAAUUACCCACUUCACUACAAGCAUAAAAUAUGUAUGCUUGUAACCCACUAUAUAAAAAAUCGAUAAAAGAGCACAGUAUAUUUCAAUAAUAAAUAAAAAUAUAUUUGAAUAAUAAAUUAAAGAAGAUCUUUAAUGUCGUUUCUCAGUUUGAUAAAUUUAUUAAACGAUAAAGUAAUAACGUCUCACAUUUAUAAUUAGUGGAUAUUCGUUUAAUCAUUUUCUUGGCGAGAGUUUGCUGACGCUCUUCACGGGUAAAAAUUAAAAAGAAAAUUAUCAUUACUGAUUAUGAGAGUCGUUAAGUUAGAAAUAAAACGCAGUCGCUAAAAAUUCUUGUCUCGUACAACUGAGUACUUGUCGAGGAACCGAAUGGUGAAAGGUAUAACCGGUUUUUUAGCAGAUGGCGGAUUACAUAAAGAAACAAAAACAAAAAAAUAAAGAAAAGAGAAGAAAAAUCAAAGGGGAACGUGAUUUGUUGUGCGACCUUCGACCAGUUUCAUUUCAGCUAGUAAAUGUAAAAGCCAUAGUCAUUCAAUUUUUAGGUCGCGCGAUUCAUCAUAAUUUAUAAGAGCAGUUUCAGAAGUAAACGAAAUAUGUAUCCGUAUAUAAUCCAUCGAUAGAUGCAUACAUGUAGUUAGAUCGAUAUCGUAUCACGUACCAUCGCAAAUCGAUUCAAUCGAUUCAGAGAACGUAUCGAUUGGACGUACUUAUGUAGUUCAUAAGAAAAUACCGAACCGUCACCAUAAAUCGAUUAAGUACGUGUGUGUAAUUUCACUGUUAUUAAUAAUGAUUGUAAUCUGAUAGAGAGAGCGCGGGAGGGUGGGUAGGGGGAAGGGGAAGCAGGAGGAAAAGGAAUAGAAGUACAUACUUAUCGUUAGAGAGUAGUGUGGCGUCGCGACCUUCCAGCAGAAAUACGUUUCCGUGAAAAAGAGAAAUAAGUAAGUAAGUAAGUAAGUAAGUAAGUAAGUAAGUAAGUAAGUAAGUAAGUAAGUAAGUAAGUAAGCAGGCAAGUAAGUAAGUAAGUAUAUUUCUACGAUGGCAAACUCGACCGCUCACGAGCACGAGAGCGCGAGUGCGAGCGCGUGCAUGCGGUUCAGUACGAUAUCGGCCGUCCUCGUGCCAGCAGCUGACUGUGUAACGCGAUUCCAACACCGCGUGGAAACGCGUCCAUUGCCGGGACUUGGCGAUUCUCUCUACGAUCAUCUAAUACCAGCCUUGGUUCUUUUUAACCUCGAGUCUUUGGAAUCGUUGAGCGGUUGAACGAACAUCCGAGAAUAACGUGUAUCGGAGGAACGAUGCAAAAUUGUUACGACGACGACGAUAAUAACGUCGUCUAUAAGGAUGUGGUCAUUAUAGGAAACGGUCCGAGUGGAAUAUGCCUUUCUUACAUGCUCGCUGGAAACUGGCCGUAUUAUACGGGCGAGCCGCACCCCGGGGACGAGAUGUUGACCGCGAGAUUACACUUCAGCACCCGAACCGGCAACGAGGAAUGUUACAACGACAACGAUAACAAUGAUCUAGAAGAGGAACGAGAUGAAAUUCGCGAUCGAUGGGGACAAGAGAACGCCGGUAGAUUGGCAAAGAGUCAGCAGGGAAGAGGAUUGGCGCGCAGCACCCGUUGCAAACUGGAAUGCUUGUCCUCCGGUCUCGAGGGUAGAGCCGGUGGUCGACCUUUGGCCCUUCUUAUGGAUCAACUUCAACAUCCCUGCGUGGACGCGGGUCUCGACGUGCCCUCUCUUCUCACUUGGAAAUCGGUCGAACAACAUCCCGAGCACAAAAUGAUAGACCACGUGGUACUGGGCAAAGACGAACCUGGUGGUUCGUGGCAGUCGAUGGAUCCAAACGUGUUGACCAUCAGCUUGAACCGAUGGAUGUCGUUGCCCGAUUUAGACGUAAGGCAAUGGGAGAUGUUGAUCGAGUCCGAGCAGUUUCGGCAACCCAACUCCACCGUUCAAGAGAGGUCGAACGCGUGUAAAACGGCUAGCAGAAUUUCCGUUGGCACCGUGGCUGCCUACUAUAAAGAUUAUGUGCGUAGAAAAGGGUUGGAGCGAUACUUUCGCUGCGGGACCGUCGUUACCUCGGUGAAACCAGCUUCCAACGAAGACGCAAACUGCUCUUACGGAUGGAUAGUGAAGGGUUUCGACAAGAAGACUGGGAAAUCGUUCCAUUACCGAUGCAAAAGAGCCGUUCUUGCCACUGGUACGACUGAUUUGUCGAAUCACCUAGGAAUACCCGGUGAAAAUUCACGACCGGACUGGGUAACGCACGAUCUCAACGACUUGGAAUCGAGGCUGGAUCGUUUGGUCGAACAGCAUCACGGAGAAAAAUUAGAAGAUAGAAUGGAUCCGGUAUUGAUAAUCGGUUCUGGAUUAACCGCGGCGGACGCGAUCAUGGCCGCGCGUUUUCGCGGCAUACCUGUAUUGCACGCGUUCCGAGACGCGUCUAACGAAUGGAAUAAAUCGGAUUCUAAGAAAAUACACACCGCCUAUGGCAGAUUACAGGGACUUCCUAGUUCCAUGUAUCCGGAAUAUCACAAAGUAUACGAGAUGAUGGCAGACGGAGGUAGCAAUUAUCCUCUGUACAAAGCGCUACCGGGAUACACGUUGGUCGAGUUUGCCUCACACGGAAACGAUGUUAUCGAUGUAUCCGAAUCCGACAAUCGAACGGUUACUCUUACCGCUCCGGAUCAACGAUCGUACGCGUUUCGCGUCUCGAUUGUGGCUAUACUCAUCGGAUACAAGCCUGACCUGUCCUACCUGGAAAACAACGGUAUCGGACUUGGAAAGUUUCCUGACAAACCUAUAGACAGUAAAACAAAUCCGAUCGAAGUCGACAACUUUACGUACGAAGUGAUCAAGGCACCUAAAACCGGUCUUUAUGCUUUAGGUCCUUUGGUUGGUGACAACUUUGUACGUUACAUACUCGGUGGAGCGUUUGGGAUUUUAACUCACAUCUUAAACACGUCUACCAUCUGAUAAUGAGAUCAGUUUUCCAACUUUGCCUUCUGACUCCCUUCUUUGUUACUUUCUGUUGUAUAAUAAUAGUCGUCGAUGGUUAAUCGUAUCGCGUUGUUAACAAUAACAGUUCGCAUUUGUUUUAAGUACUUAUUUAAAUAAGUAAAUACUGGGAGUUACAUUUCGUUUUUUACACUCUUCGAAUCUGAUUCGUUACUUGUUUUUUUCUUUUUUCUCUUUUCAUUCGCAGAAACAACGAAAGCGUUUUUAUAUAUCAAUUUUCCUAUUAGAUAUCGCUUGUUUUUCCAAAUUUCAAUGAAGUUUCAAUUGCUCGAUUUUAUCGAGUUUAUGGAAGCACGUACAAACAUUUUUUACAAACAUGUAAAAAACCUGUAUAAAUGACCUCGUAAGUAUAACGAUACUUGUUUCGGUGUUAUUGAUCCAACAAAAUAGAUUAAACAACAUACGGACGGUAUGAUACAAUAAAAUUCGUAGGGUUUUGAUACCAGCAUUUAUUGCAUUCCAUUUAUUAGAAUAAACAUUGUUACAGUA